CACCCGCGUCUAUUGUACGAGGCUUUUAUGGUUUUGUCCUUUGUAACAGAUGCAUAAAGCAGAAAAUUCCACCCUAACCACGGGUCCGGGCUGCUCUCUUCUCUUCCAGCUGGGGAACAAGAUGUUCGGUGUCAGCUUUCACACCUUGCAUGUGUGUAUACCCACGCAGCAGGAUAGAGGUACUUGCAGACCCCAAACCACUAUUUUGCCAAGCCAGCAGUCCCACGCUUGUAUGGGGAAACCAAGAGACGAUAUGGACCCUCUCACCUGGUGCUAUGACAGCUCGACCAUCUGCAAGGACUUUGUAUCUGUGCAAGCCCAAGAAAGAUUUUACCAAGUAUGGGCGCAGUUGCAGACCAGUAAUUGGUGGGAAUCCCCUGCUAGCGAAGUAUGGCUACCCUUCUGAACGGCUGCUGAGGUUAUCUGAACCUAAAAAAUACCUCCCUGCUUACCUGGAACAAAGAUCCCGUGAGACCCCGGAGUGGCCUGUGUCCCUGGCUGCACAGAACUAUAAUGCCUCCAAGCGGAUACUGCAGCUUGCCCAGCCGAAGAGGCUGCACCCAGACUUCAUGCCACCCAGAGAGGUGCCAACAGAGGUUUCCAGCUUAGCAGUCUCGGCCAAUGCAUCGGCGCGGGUCCAGAAACUCGCAGAGCCCUUGAUCAGGGAGAUGACCUGCUGCUCUACGCACACCAAGCCUGGUAUUGUCAUGUCUACGGUUUCCAGGUCAUCUCGGAAGGUAAUUGCAAGCCCUCGGACCAUUGAGCUGUCGAAGCCCAAACAACUCCACCCUAAGUUCACGCCCCCACGGGAUCCUGAGUGGCCUGUGACAAAGGCUGCCAAGCGCGCAGUGGCUACAGACAGAACUUUGAAGCUGGCUGAGCCUUGCUCAAGACCUCGUAUGGGCUUGACUGCACUUGACCCAGAUGCGUUCAGAGUGAAAGAGAGAGCUCUGAAGGCAGUUUGUACUCCAAGGAUUGAAAAACUAGCUCAACCAAUUCAGCGCUAAGCUCCUUCAGAAAUGCUCCUGCCAUCUGCCCACAUCACCCCUUGGAACAUCACUCUCUCUGGGCUGUGCUGUGGCUGGAAAAUCUCUUUGAACACAGCACAGAGGCAAUACUCAGCAGGAACACUUUCUGGGAGUUAAAAUAAAAUCAUCAUUCCUUAAGAAUAGUCAUCAGGGAAAAUUACAGAAUUCAACUUAAUGUGGGAAGACUCUCUCCCUAGGAUGAGUUAUGUCUGGAGUUUCUCUCUUGAUUGUUUUGCUGUAAUAGUUUAAGAAGUACUGAAAUAACUGCUGGGGGAAGGCAGCACAGGAACUGUCCUUUCAUGCAGGGAAGUGUGGCAAACUAAACUCAAAAGCACGCAGUAAGUUGAUGUAACACAACUCCUGAAUUUGGGUUUAAAAUUUUUUUGCUAAAGUUUUAGCAAAACUUUAGCAAAACUUUAGAGUGUCAGUAAGAAGGUCUUCUUACUGACACGCAAAAGUUUUAUGCUUGUGACAGAAGUAGAAAUACAAAAGGCUACAAUGUAUGUUGAGUUGGCUUGAAUUUGGGGCCUGUUUUCUCAAAUGCCUGGAGAACAGGCAGAUCCAGUUACGUAGGUGGGUUAAAGCUGUGUGGUUCAGAUACUCAGUUGUGUGACCCUGGGCAAAAUAGGAGUUGUGCAUUGGGAUUUUUGGAGCCUAACUCAAAAAAGCAGAGUUCCCCUUAGUGUAAGAGAGAAGGCAAGUUGCAAAGACUAAGCAGAAAACAAGUAUUGAUGCCAGAGUCUGCAGACCACAUUCUGAGCUCCAGUCAGGUCUGUGGGUGAAUCAGUUUGGCAGCUAGAUUGCAGGGGAACAACACAGCCUGUGCAGGGCAUGACAU